AUGCUCUUGGUGAUGGAGGACUACCCCCGGGAUGUGAACACGUACGGGGGGGAGAGCUCCGCAGCUUUGGAAGACAAAACCAUCGCGUGGACCGUACCGGCCCUGACGGAGGGGUCGGCGAUGAGCUUGGAGUUUCGGCUGGACCUCUGCGGCUACUGCGACACGUACAACAACGGGAGCUUCAACCCCAUCGACACCUUCCAAUACGAGGACUCCGAGGGCAACGAGCCGAACGACCGCAAGUCGGGCUACCAGCUCAAGUUGGACUGCGCCGGUAUCGAGGGGAACCCCGUGGAAUCGAUCAACGCCACCCCUGCGCCGGUCCGGCCCCCCACCCCCUCCCCGACGGCGGUGGCAACGCCGGGGACUUCCGAGGUGACGAUGGCCCCAUCGCGGGAGGGAGCAUCCACGGCCGCACCGACAGGGAUGGCGACGGACCCGUCGCUCGAGGCAGCCACGCCGGCACCGUCAUCGAUCGUUUCCGCCACACGCGGGCCGUUCAAGGUAACGAUGGCUCCAUCGCUGGAGGCAACGACGGCCGCACCGACAGGGAUGGCGACGGACCCAUGGCUUGAUGCAGCCACGUCGGCACCGUCUACGGUCGCGACCGCCUCACCGACGGAGAUGGUCACGGACCCAUGGCUUGAGGGAGUCACGCCGGCACCGAGUACGCAAACGACGGCCGGACCGACGGAGCUGGUGACGGACCCGUUGCUUGAGGCAGACGCGCCGGCACCGACUACGGGAACCACGGCGGCACCCACGGAGAUGGCGAUGAACCCAUCGCUUGAGGCAGCCACGCCGACACCGUCUACGGUAGCGUCGGCCGCACCGACAGAGAUGGUGAUGGACCCCUCGCUUGAGGCAGUCGCGCCGGCACCGUCUACGGUAGCGUCGGCCGCACCGACAGAAAUGGCGAUGGACCCCUCGCUUGAGGCAGACCCGCCGGCACCGACUCUGGUGACGACGGCCGCACCCACGGAGAUGGCGACGGACCCAUUGCUUCAGGCAGCCACGCCGGCACCGACUACGGGAACCACGGCGGCACCCACGGAGAUGGCGAUGAACCCAUCGCUUGAGGCAGCCACGCCGACACCGACUACGCGAACGACGGCCGCACCGACAGAAAUGGUGAUGGACCCCUCGCUUGAGGCAGACGCGCCGGCACCGACUCUGGUGACGACGGCCGCACCCACGGAGAUGGCGACGGACCCAUUGCUUCAGGCAGCCACGCCGACACCGACUACGGGAACCACGGCGGCACCGACGCAGAUGGCCACGGACCCGUCGCUUGAGGCAGUCGCGCCGGCACCGACUACGGGAACGAUGGCUCCAUCGCUGGAGGCCACCACCGCUUCACCCACGGAGAUGGCGUUGGACAAGUCGCUUGAGUCAGUCACGCCGGCACCGAGUACGCAAACGACGGCCGGACCGACGGAGCUGGUGACGGACCCGUUGCUUGAGGCAGACGCGCCGGCACCGACUACGGGAACCACGGCGGCACCCACGGAGAUGGCGAUGGACCCAUCGCUUGAGGCAGCCACGCCGACACCGUCUACGGUAGCGUCGGCCGCACCGACAGAGAUGGUGAUGGACCCCUCGCUUGAGGCAGUCGCGCCGGCACCGAGUACGGAAACGACGGCCGGACCGACGGAGUUGGUGACGGACCCGUUGCUUGAGGCAGACGCGCCGGCACCGACUACGGGAACCACGGCGGCACCGACGGAGAUGGCCACGGACCCAUUGCUUCAGGCAGCCACGCCGACACCGACUACGCGAACGACGGCCGCACCGACAGACUCUGCAACGGCCUCACCGAGUAUCACUACCUCCUCGCUUGGUAUGACUCAAGCACCGGUUUCCGUAACUCAAGCACCGACCCCUGGAACUCAAGCGCCGGUCCCUGGAACUCAAGCACCGUCGGAGGCUAGCGAGGAAGAGGCAUCCCCGCCGCCAGUGCUCGAGGGCGAAGGCAGCGGCAGCAACGACGACGACGGCGGCAGCGACGACUCCGAGUACGAUUCGACCGGCGCGCCGACGCCGGUGGGCGAGGACGGUAGUCGGGGGAUGAUUUUCACUGCGAGUCCGUCUGCCGCUCCAAGCAGCGCCCCAACGUCUGGAGGAAACGAGUCUUCGCGGGGGAUCACGCUGGAGAUUCAGUCGAUCUUCGAAGCCAGGAGGAGGAGAAGAGCGCUGUCCUCCGAGGUGUCGCAUGACGGCUCUUCUGAACGGCGGGCGCUCUCUGUGGUGUAUGAGGAAGACGCUGAAGCGUACGACGAGACCAUGGUGGAUGUGUGCGCAUACAUGGUGGGGGUCGAUAGAGAACGCGUCAUAUCGGUGUGGACGUCCUUUGGUCCUGACGGCGCCGCUGAGGACGCCGCCCGUCGGGGCUUGAUGACGUCAUCGAGCUCUUCCGACGAGGCUAUCAUGGCCACGCAGCUUACACCAGUGACUACCUGCGAGGUGGACCUGAGCGGGGAGGGCGACACGAGAUCGAUGGCAGCCGCGACGAUGGUGGACCGGUUGAUGCAGCCCGAAAACUUCGUGCUCGCAAUGGACGAGAACCAAUUCGGGCCGGUCAACGUCGUAGUCACUUCGGGCCCGACCAAAUGGCGCAAGUCCAAGCCCGCCGAGUCAGAGCGGUACUCUGUCAAGUCUCCCCCGAACACCAAGGACGGCGGCGGGGCCGGCCUCGCCGUGCUCUCACCGCAACGGUACGAACGGUCGGCGACUGCGACAUCCCCCAUCCCCGACGGAAGCAGCCCUAGCUGCCUGUCCCCCGGUCGUUCGCCGGUGCCGCCGCAGGCGGGACCAAGGCCGAAGCACUCUGGCCGGAAGCGCACCCCCCCGCCUAGGCUGUCGACCUCCCCCGGCCGGGGGGGAGACGUGCCUGUGGAGCCCCCGUCGCCCGGGGAGGCGGACUGGCGGCACAAGUUCGGUCUCGGUCCUCUGAGGGACUACACCUACCGCAGCGCACCCAUAUCCCCCCGACGGUCUCCCCUCUCUGUGGGAUCUGCGUCACAGUCGGCUGGCGAGCCUUUCUACACGAGCUACCAGGACCAUGUGGUGGCGGCGGCAGACGGGAGCAUGGGCGGGAAGGUCGGAUUAACGCCGCUUGCGGACGACGCCAGCGCCGCCAUGGAAAGCCAGGUUCAUUGGCACGUGUCGGACGAAGUAGACGCCAGCGUGCAGCACAACAACGACCCCGUGGUGCGGUCAUCUUUGGCCAAGGCCGGGACGGUGAUCGCGAACGCUAUCACUUCGCCUCGCAAGGAGCUCAACCGCCUGAAAGAAGCGCUCAACAGGCCGUCGCGGCUGCAGGCGUGCCACUCGACAAGCCCGACCGUCACGGCCUCCAGCGCCGACCCCAGCUCCAUGCCCGGCUUCUUCGGCAGCGAGGGCGGCUUCAGCCCGGGGGGCAACAACAACGCCUUCGGCGGCAGCAGCAGCGGCAACCUCAACGCGCGCGCGAGUUCUCCUAUCUACGAGAUCGACCUGGAGGCUGACGAGAACGGCGGCGCUGCUGCGUCUGCUGCUGCUGCUGCUGCUUCCGCGGCCGGAAGGGGGCUCGCGGACGGCGGUGCGUCCGAGGGCGGGGGCGCUGCGGAUGGUAGCACCACCCCCAGAAGGGGCCGUGCGGGAAGUGCUUCGUUCGGCACGACCGGCGAAGACCCGGACGUGCCCACGCCGCUCAGGACCCACAAGGCCGGGCGAAACAUGUUCGCGAAGGCCCCGGGGUCUUCCUCGAAGUCGCGUGGGGGCAGGGGGGCAGGAGGAAGCUCCCACGGGGCAACGACCCCCACGUCUCCGUCCAACAGAUCGACGUGCACCGAUCGGUCUGGGGGCGGCGGCGGCGACGGCGGUGAGGGGGUAGAGGGGGGGUUCUCGGUGUUGGCGACGGCGGCGGCGUUUGCUGAGGUGAGGGUGGGAGUGGAGUCGCCGACUGGUCGCGCCGUGCGUGCGCUUGCCGCCGGCGGCGGCGGCGACUCUGACAAGAGCGUUGUCGCUGACAAGAGCGGCGACAGCGUCGUGUCCGACGAAGGGCCUCCGGGGAUGCCGUCCCUCCCCGCCGCCAAUCACGGCGAAACCUCUGGGAAACCCUAUGAUGUCUCGAGAACGGCCGCGGCCGCUGCAGUCGCGGCCGGGGCCGUCGCCGCCGCGAAGGCGUACGACAUUCGCGAGAAGCCCGACGGAGAAGAAGACACCGGUGAGGGUGCUGACCUCGCCCUUUCCCCUCGCGGUGCCCCUCCUCCUGCACCUUUCGGGGGCAUGCUUUCUGGCUUCGGGUGUAUGGCGCCCCAGCUUUCUCCGGGGAAGGGGGCCGCGCGUCUGUCGCCGAGGGCCGGCAGCCGUCUGCCGGAGAUCGACGACGAUGACAGCAGCUUGGCCGAGGAGGAGGAGGAGAUGGAGGAGAACGAGGAAGUCGCCGGGAGACGUGCGCCUGGGAGUUGCUCGCCCCUUUCGCGGCCGCAGCUCAACUCCGGGCCUGAUGACGGCCGCGGCGAGCGUGUCGGCCAGGGGGAAGCAUCGGCGUCUGCGGUGUCCCUCGAGAAGGCGCUCGAUCUGUCUCGCUCGCGGACGAUGACCCCCGAACUCAAGCCGAUCGCCGAGAUGGCGGACAGCGGGUCCUUCACCGAUUCGGAGGCCGGCAGCGACGUGAGCUCGUGCUUGUCGUCCAUGAGCGGCAGGAGCGGGUACCGGGUCCCCCGCGACCCGGCCGCUCUCCUCGCGGCGGCGAUGGAGAAGGCCGGCCAGGUAGCGGCGAUCCCCCCGCCGUCCUCCGGGAGCCACGGCAGGUCUCUCAGCUCGGUGCAAGAGGUCCCGAUGGAAGGCGUCCCGCUGCCCGGGCUUGCUACCCCCGAGAUUGACGAUGAGUGCGACCUCAAGGCGUCGGCGGCAUCGGCAUCGGGCGCGGCCGGUUCUUGUCAGGAUGAGUCGUCGGUUGGAGAGGACGCGGACAAGCCCCCCGCGUUCUCUCUGAAGAACGCUCUGUCGGCGUUCCUCGGCCGUAAGGAUAACGGCGGUAUUGUGGCACCGGCCGAUUCCGUCGAUCAAGAGGAAGAGGAAGAAGGCGACGAGGAACAGGAAGAGGGAGAGGAGGAAGAAGCGGAAGAGGAAGAGGCCAUCGGUACCGUUACGAUCGAUGCCGCAGACGACUCUUCUCCCCCCGACUUCGCCAGGUCUCCCGAGUCCCACACGCUGGACAUGUGGCCCGAAGCCAUCGGCGAAACGCAGUCGAAGUCAUCGCUCGACGAAGGGUUCGUGGACGUGAAGAUCUCGCACGUGGCGAUGGAGGAGGAGGACGACGACGACGACACCGAUGACGAGGCCAUGUUACUCCAGGAACCGGCUCAAGGCCCUGCCGCCGACACCCCCACGCUCGUGAUCCAGACUGAAGAAGCCGACGCGUCCUUGAAGCCUGGGCAGACCCCGUUCUCGAGGGCAGCGAUGAACCUGCAGAGUCCCGGGCCCGACUCCCCUAGGGCGCUCCAGGGGGUUCCAAUGCCGGCCUUGCCAAUGCCACCGUCUCCCUCGAUGCCCAAGGCACCCAUGACCCUUCAAACCCCGAAGACAGCGGUAAACUCGCGCCACAUCUCUGACGCGAGCCCGAUGUACGACCGGGAGACCAUCGCCAGGGCAAUGGCACAGGCGGACGAAGAGCAAGACGGCGACAGCGACAUCGUGGUGUCCAGGGUGGAGUGGCCGAGCGAGAGGCGGAUUAACUCGUACACCGACAGCAGCGUUAGCGGCAUGAGCGAGAUGACCAGCAGCAGUGGCAGCGGCAGCGGAGGGGACGGCGGCGACGGCAACGCCAACAAGAAGGCCGGCCACGGGUUCUAAGGCUUGAUUGAUGUUGAGAAGGAAGACGACGGUAGAAUGUUAAGCAAAGGCUGGUUCGCAUGGCGGUAGUAUGCUGCCGUGUGGGAGGUAUGGUGGGGGGGAUACCACUCACUGUUGACAUACAGAUAUUAUGGUUGUUUGCGGACGUCCGCCUCUCAAGGAGACCGGCAACAGGAAGUGCUGCUGUGGUUAUUGGGCUGGUGAUGCUCAGUCUGGGGGGGGGGAAGUGUACGUGUAUUAACCAGGCCCUCGCCGGAUGCAUUCAUCCUCCGUCUUUCUAUGAAGCUCGUCGUUUUGUCAAUGAAGCGGUACCGUUGUGAAAGGGGUAGACUACUUGUAGGGCGAAUACAUGUUUGAUUGUUCGCGGGCGGGU